AGCUUGUGGCAGAAGCUGCUUAUGGGCGUGUGUCUGAGGCAUGUGAGGGGGGUGAGAAAGGAGGACAGGUUGCUCUCUUGGGUCUCCUCCUUUUUUGGGGGGAGAGUAGGGCCACAAGGGGAUUGCAAGAAUUGCUGAGGGUAAGGAAAGGAGUGGCCUUGGUCUUUUUUUCCUGACAGUGCCAAGAGGCUCUGGGGAAGCUUCCAGUCUACUUCUAUGCAGGAGGGGGAUGCGGGGAGAGCAGAAUGCUGAAGGCUGCUUUGCCUGGUGCCUGCCAUUUUAUGGUGGUUUUUUGCCUUGCACUUAUUUUGAGUUUCAUCCUGGGCGUGAACAGAAGUUAAUUCUACCCCGGUUUGGGGCUUCUGACAGCUGCUGGUCUGGUUGCGCAGCAGCAGAGUGUAGAGCAAAUUUCUAGUAAAACAAAGGUGGUCUAAGUAAUACAAUCAGAAGCUGAAGCUUCACGUACUCCAUGGCUCUUGCUUGCUUGCUCAGGUUAUUGAAUGAGAGCGAGAAACGCCCAUUUGUGGAGGAGGCUGAGCGGCUGAGGGUGCAACAUAAAAAAGACCACCCAGACUACAAGUACCAACCACGAAGGAGAAAGUCAGUCAAGAAUGGGCAGGCUGAGCAAGAGGAAGGAGCUGAGCAGACCCACAUCUCUCCUAAUGCUAUCUUCAAGGCCCUGCAGGCAGAUUCACCCCAGUCUUCAUCCAGCAUGAGUGAAGUCCAUUCACCAGGAGAGCAUUCUGGGCAAUCUCAAGGGCCACCUACUCCUCCUACCACUCCUAAAACAGAUGUCCAGCCUGGUAAGCAGGACCUAAAGCGGGAAGGUCGCCCAGUGCAAGAAGGAGGAAGACAGCCACCCCACAUUGACUUCCGAGACGUGGACAUUGGGGAACUCAGCAGCGAUGUCAUCUCCAACAUUGAGACUUUUGAUGUUAAUGAGUUUGACCAGUAUCUCCCGCCCAAUGGCCAUCCAGGAGUUCCAGUCACCCAUGGCCAGCCUGGCCAAGUCACCUAUACAGGCAGCUACGGGAUCAGUAGCACCACAGCUACCCCAGCAGGCACUGGACAUGUCUGGAUGUCCAAGCAGCAGCAGCAGCAGCCACCGCCUUCUCAACAGCCACCCUCCCAAGCUCAACCACAACCCCCACCGCCACCGCAGCAGCAGCAGCACACACUCACCACCCUGAGUAGCGAACCAGGGCAGCCCCAGCAGAGGACACACAUCAAGACUGAGCAGCUUAGUCCCAGCCAUUACACUGACCAGCAGCAGCAUUCACCUCAGCAGAUCAGCUACAGCUCCUUCAACCUGCAGCACUAUGGGUCCUCCUACCCGACCAUCACUCGCUCUCAGUAUGACUACACAGACCAUCAGAGCUCCAAUACCUACUACAGCCAUGCUGCCAGCCAGAGUUCCAGCCUUUAUUCUACAUUCACCUACAUGAACCCCACCCAGAGGCCCAUGUACACCCCGAUUGCAGACACUACGGGGGUUCCUUCCAUUCCUCAGACCCACAGCCCACAACACUGGGAACAGCCAGUCUAUACACAGCUCACCAGACCAUAAAGUUCUGAAGGAUGGCGUCAAUCCCCCAGACUUAUAAAAUGAUUUUUUAAGCUAAAAGUGAAUGGAAGAGCGGAAAAAAAGAUAUCCCAGAAUGCAUUGUGCACUACAGCACCCCUUUGAAACUGACCAGUCAAGAAACAUUCCAUGAUGGACAAAAAUCCCUUGAUUUGAAGGCAGUUUUUAUUUUCUUCUUCAAACAGCCAGCUUAGUUUGCAUAGGUAUGGACUUGUUAAUUAUUUUUUAACAAUAACUAAAAACAAAAAAUGAAAAAAAAUAUUAUAAACUCAAAAGUAUUCCUCUGUGAGGAAUAUUCUCUAUUUUAAAUAUUUUUUAGUAUGUACUGUGUAUGAUUUGUUACCAAUAUGAUGGGAUUUAUACGUACUUGUUUUUAGAGAAACUUUUUAAAAAAUGCUCUUUUCUUUUUUUGGACAGUUGAACAACACUUAGCAAAAGAGUAUGCCUUAGCCUUUUCCCCUGCUGUCAGAGGUAUUUUUCUAGUUAACAGUCUUUCACUUGUAGAGAGUAAAAAGUGUACAUUAAAAGUCAAGGAAAGGAAGGAAAAAAGUGCCCAGUAACAUGAUUAUGGGGAUUUGGAAAGAGACUUUUAUUUUUCUAGCAUGGAAAUAAAAUAUGUUUGGGGAGAAAAAAUUAAAGAAAAAGCAAGAAUACCUUGAGCCUUAAAGUAACAUAAUCAGAACGCCUUAAAGAAAAACCCUGUGAUAUCUUCCGAAAGACUUGCACAAUUAUUUUCCCCCCUGCCAAGGGAAAAUAUGGAACUCCCAAGAAGAGAGCUCAGUUUUAAAGGUCUGAAGCUUUUUAAUUAUUAUUAUUAUUGUUAUUAUUAUUAUUAUUAUUUUAUUUGCAACUACCAACACCAAGUUAUAAAGCCAGAAACCAGCAUUCCCUACCUGGACCCUUUUUCUUCAACUUCCAACACCAGGCCAACAUUUGUGAGACAGAUGCGGUCACUCAAAAAACCAGGAGCCCUCCCUGCAAAUUGCAUGAAAAACUAGAAUUCUUUAUUCCAUGAGGCCAGCUUUGCAAGGGAAGGAGAUGGGGAUGACACAGGGACACCAGCUUUAGCAAGGUUCAUGGAUGACAGUAGGGUUUUUUUUUCUUUUUAAAAAAUUAUAUAUAUUUAUUUUGUGAAAAAGAUGUUUUUAAUCAAGAGGUUUUUUUUUUCAUUUCCCCCCUUCCACAUUAGAAAUUCUUGUAGUGUAAACAGAAAUACCAGCAUCUUACUCAGAGGGUAUAUGGUGCCUAAUUGUUAAAUUAUGGUCUAAAUCAAUAACCCUUUAUUUAUCUCUCUCUGUCUUUGUUUUUGUAUUUUAUUAUUCCUUCAGAACGUGUCUUAGGUUUGUACAAAUACAUUGCUCCCCUCUGUUUUUCUUUUCUUUUCUAUUUCUUUGGUAAGAAUAAACUGGAAAGCUUUUGUGUUGUUUUUCUCAUUGUACAAACAAAGCAUUGCUAAUGUAGUGUAUCACUGAGUCAUCUCUGCCUGGAUACUUAUGGACUCAUGACUUGGAUCUGACUAAAUUCACAUAGCAGUACGGUGAGCAAACAAGGUAAGAGUGGAGCAAACCACUCUUUCAUUUGUCAGAAAUUCCCCAGGUUAAAGCAAACCAGCAAACCCUCCUUUAUAUGCAGCUAUCUGAUUUGCAGGGAUUUCAUUUUGCACAAACAUUUUAAAAAACCAGUCAAUAAAUAAAAUCCCUAAAUUGCAAUCCAAAGAGGCCCAAUCCACCCUAUCGCCUUAAGGUUCCACCUCUUCAUCCUUCGGUGUGUGUGAGCUAAGGCUUGCUCUGGCCAAGCGAAGCAAAGCAACAAUGGAUGUAAACCAACAAGACAGGCCCUCUUCAUUAUCAAGAGGUUUGCACACUUCCACAGGGUUUUUAUUUGUCCCUUGAAAGUGCCAUAGAAAUGAAUGGAUGCUACAGGAACCAGUAGAUGAUGGGAGCCUCUCAAUGCACCCAACCAGCCUUUCACCUGACUGGGGAGGACAAUAGGGAAAAGCAACACUGGCGAACUUGUGGCCAAACAGUUAAAGUAUUGCUUUUUGAAAAAGUUAGCCAACUUUUUUAUUUUAAAAAGUUAUAUUUGUUAAUUAUUUUAUAGGGAAUUCAGUAGAAGAAAAGCUUAAAGCACUCUUAUAAGAUGGUAUCUUUUCUACUUCUAUAUUAAAAAAGCAGAUCUCUUGAAAGCAUUUCUGUAACUUAAAUAAUUUGUCCUUUCAAAAAGAUAAAUUUUAGAUAAAAGAACAGUUUUUCAGUCAUUUUGUUUGCAAAUCCCUUUGGUUCUCUGUAAAACUUACCCUUUUGUAUAUUAUUGUUUGCAAUAAAUAUACAUUGUAUUAAACUUGAA